AUGCACGAGCAGCAUGUGUUGUGUACAUCAGCACUCAUGUUCAAGGUUUCACGAUACGAGAUGAGGAUUUGGGGAGUAUGCAAAACCAAAGCAUUCUUCCCGCCGCUCAAGGAUGGCUGUCCGCAUGACCACAUACCACCCGGGCCGACGACGCUGGAAUUCCCGGCCGCGCUCCUCGGAGAUGUCCAGAUUGUCAUGAAGACGGGCAUUGGCGAGCGUGCCAAGACGGAGACGUUUCUGGAGACGUAUGGGUCUGUCGUUGGGAAUGUUUUGAUCUUUUCGGAUGCGGAGGAUCGAGUUGGGGGGUAUGAAGUUGUUGAUAUUUUGGCGGAGUUGCCGCCUUCGUAUGCGGUUAAUAACUCCGACUGGGCGUAUUAUGUUGAACAGCAGGAGGCUUUGAAGGCUGGCGAGACGGUGGGUAAGUCUCACGAAGGAUGGAGAAUCGAUCGAUUCAAGUUCCUUCCCAUGGUCGAGAAGGCCUUCGAGUUACGACCUCAUGCCAAGUGGUACGUCUUCAUCGAAGCGGAUAUCUACUAUUUCUGGGACACUCUAUUCCGCAUGUUGGAUAACCUGGAUCCAAACACCGCCCACUACCUCGGUGCGCCUACUCCAGGCGCUCACGAUCGUUGGUUCGCAUACGGAGGCGGCGGAACGGUCUUGUCGAACCGACUCGUAAAGGAUCUGUUGCAGAACGGCAAGAAGAAAGUCAGCAGAGAUCCGAAGUAUGAGUUCUGGGCGAAAGACGACUGCUGCGGCGAUGCUGUGUUGGCGUACGUGAUCCACGCGGAGUUGGGUAUUCGUCUCGAAUCCAUGUAUCCGACCUUCUCAGGGGAGAUGGUGCAGUGGCUUCAGACUCCGCGGGAGAAGUGGUGCGUGCCCCUGCUAGGACUGCAUCGUGUCAGUCAAGAACAGAUGAAGCAGUUAUGGAAGUGGGAGCGAUGUCGAGCGUACACUGAGACGCCAGUCACUUAUGCUACGAUCCUCGAUGUGACAUUGACUCCCUUGCUAAAGGAGAACCCAAGUCGCGACUGGAACAAUGGCGCCAACCACAAGUUGCCAGAGGAGGAUUUAGCUCACGAAGGUAUUCGCUUCUGCGAGAUCGCAUGUGCCGAUAACAGUACCUGCUUGCAGUACCGAUACUCGCGUGGGCGGUGCUAUCUCUCCGACUUUGUGCAGGCAGGCGACAAGGAGGAGGAUCUAUCGAAAGAAGCUUUCUCAGGCUGGGGCGUGGAAGCCUUGGAGAGACUGGGAUAUGACCCGGACAAAGAUCCAAGCACGUACUGCAGUGAAGCUCAGUGGGUGAUACCUAAGGGGACGUGA